AUGGACGAAGUUGCACGUUGUCUUCUCAGUCUUGACCUCCCCCUGGCCCUUCUGUUCUCAAGCCAUUCUCUUAACUCAGGUAUCUAUGAGAUGUUCUGUCGGGAGAUGUUUGGGAAGAAACCCAAAACUCUGGAGUUUGGACUUCAGCCUCAUAAGAUCCCAGACUGUGACGUGGCCCUGUUCCUCAUGCCCUCCUCCAGUGCCCGCUGUGCACAGUUCCCAAGAGCUCAGGACAAAGUGCAUUUUUACAUUAAGCUCCGAGAACUGAGAGAGAAACUGAAGGGGGAGCAGAAGAGCAAGGAGGUGGAGGAGGUCACCUACUCCUUCAACCUGCAGCUGGCUAAAGAGGAUGCUAAGCGCAUGGCGAUCAAAGAGGAGCAGUACGACCCUGGAUACGAGGAUGCAUAUGGGGGAGCGUACGGGGAGAAGGGGGAGAAGGGGGAGAGCAACGGACACUGCACCUACAACAAUGACAAUACAACAGAUCCUCCGUCUGCGUCGUCUGCGCAGCCGGCUGCAGCUGCACAGUCUCCAGACGGACAGUGGAUGAACCAGAGCUUCGCCGACCAGAUCCCUGACAUCAGUGGGACGGGAGCAGAGGGCCGGCCAGCACAGAGCCAAUCAGCAGAGGGCGCUGUGUGUAUCAUCAUGGCCAGUAGCUUCUCUCGGGUUCUGUCCUCCAAGCGCAUUGGGCUUUUGUCUCUGGCCGGAGGUUCGGUGACUGCAGCCGCCUUUCUCCUCCAUCAGCAGCGGAGCAGGGUGUCCGCAGAUGCCGGGAGAAGGAGAUACCCCGCCAGGUAA